AUGCAACGUACACCUAAAUCAAGCCAUCCAAUUCAGUAUUUGUCACAACCUGAUCUGACAGUUGAAAAUCAAGAUAAAGCUCGAAACAUAUAUAUAAGAAAAAGAAAAAACCCCGAUUUUGAGAUGAUGGAUAUUAAGGAUUCAUUAAUGCUUUCUUUUAAAAGCAUGCUCAACUCCGAGAUUACGGAUAUAAAAAAACAAAAUACAAAAAUACUGGAAUCAAACGCUGAAAUAAUAAAUCUUUUGCAAAUUAAUGCCUCUAAUUAUCAAGAAGUAAGUGAAAAGGUUGAAACAUUGGAAAUAAAGCAUGCUGCUGCACUGGAUCGUAUAGAUGACCUUGAAACUCAGCUAGAGGGGAUUCAAAAACAGUUAAAAAGAAACACAGUUGAAAUAAGAAACGUGCCAAAACGUGAAAAAGAAAAUUUGAAUGAAGUUGUUGCGGAUAUUUAUAACGCUAUAAACCUAAAAAUGGAAAACGUCCCUAUAAAUGUGUUUAGAAGAGGUAAAAAUAUUUCACCAAUUAUAGUAGAAUAUCAAUAUUUGGAGCAUAAAGAAAUACUUAUAAAAGCUUUCAAAAAUUUUAACAAUGAAAAUAAAAACGCACCUUUAAAUCGACAACAUUUAGGAUUCCAUAGUGAUAAUUCACGAAUUCAUAUAACAGAAUCCUUAACUACCGAGUCAAAGAAAAUUUGGAUUGCCGCCCGUGAGCUUUUCAAGAAAGGUUCAUAUAAAUAUUGUUGGACAUCACGAGGCACUGUUUUACUACGGAAAGAUGAUGGCUGUCCUGCUAUUGCUGUUAAAUCAUAUAAGCAACUUUGUGACUUGGACACACAAUGA